CUGUGGCUACAGCUCAUCGCAGCGAAGUGACAAAACCAGAGCUAACCGGACCCGCCGCAUUUCAGUCUUCCUCGUUGGCCCGUUGCCCCCCUCGUCGCCAUGGCCGCGCUCUGCCCCAACCGCGCCACGGCCCUCCCGUUCCUCCCGGCUCUUCGGUCCCCUCCUCGCCGGCUUUCGCCCACGGCCUUCGUAGCCUCCGUCGUCCGGCCCCGAGGUCCCCGCAUCGUCCUUCGUGGUUCCAGGCAUCCUGAUCUUCCGGCAAGAAAUUCUGUAUGGUUUGAGAAUGCAACAAUGUUGCGGACGGAGCACAAGAAGAAGGCUCUCUUUGCAUCAGAGACAGAUUCUCCUACCACCGACAGUUCAAAACGGAGCGACGACAACUCAAGCCCUCCAGAUGGCCCACCUGUCCUCACCAUUUUGGCUGGCAUCAUUGUGUUCUUUCUGGUCCUCUGGGUAAUCGGAUCGAUCUUCACUUGGAUUGUUGGUUUGGUCUUUGGGGCUGCGAAAUCUUAGAAGUUGAGCCUUAGGGUAGUGCUGCACCUUUUCAGUUGUAUAUAUUUGCUGUGAAGUUCCGCUUAACAGUUCCUGGAUCAUUCCAUUUUAUGAUUUCUAUUUGAAGUCUCGAAUAAUUAAUUGCAUUGCGUGUUAUCAUUGUUAGCAAAAGCUGUGGAUUACUGCA